UUUCACUUUCCUAUGCAGCUGAUGAGUUUAACUAGCCUUAUCACCGCCACGUGGAGGGAACCUAGAUCCACCGGCAUGGGAAGUCCACGGUCACAGUUUUGUUUUUUUUUUCUUCUUCCAAAUGUAGAGGCUGAACAAGGAGGGUCAAGGCUGAGCUUGGUGUGAGCAGGUGACAUCCUGAUAAAUAGGGCCUGAGCUUGUCGAGUUGUGUGUAGGCACUACAUGACACUGUUCAGGUUAGCUGGAACUUGCUGGCUUUUAUUUUUUAUUUUGAGAAUUCUGCAGAUACUUCUUCCUUCAAGAUGUUUCCCCUGGAUGAGAUUACAAACAACACUUGCUCUGUUUACUGGGAUCAGCAUCCUCAUACUAUCCUUUACAACAUUUUGAGUGGGAGGGAGAAUGGAUACCUGAACACCAAACUGAGUCAUAAUACUACAGUACACAACUGCCACUGUGUACAGAGGAGGACUGUUUGCCUUAAGGACCCAAAACGCACCUGCCAAGUUGCCUCCAGUGUGCUGGUCAAAACCAUCUGCUUUGUAAGAAGUUUGCCAUCCUUCCGUCAGCUUCCAUUAGGAGAUCAGUCAUCAUUGUUAAGACACUGCUGGGUUCCUUUAUUUGUUCUGGGUCUUGCCCAAGAAAAGAUAGUCUUUGAAGUGACUGAUGUACCAAAUUCAAGUAUCCUUAGACAGAUUCUGCUCGGACCAGGACUCACUGAAAAGGACACUGAUGGACCAACCCUUGCUGGAGUCCACAAACUGAGAACUUGCUUGCACUAUCUGUGGAACCUGGAUCUCAGUACGAAGGAAUACGCUUACCUGAAGGGUGCUUUGUUGUUUAACCCAGCUGUUCAAGGACUGAGUGCCUUAUUGUUCAUUGAAGGCCUCCAACAGGAAGCUCAGAGAGCCCUCCUAGAAGUCAUCUACCUCCUGUACCCAAAGGACAUUGUUCGCUUCAGCCACAUCCUUCUAGCAGCCUCGGCAAUUCAGACCAUUAGCCACAGCCUAGUCACAGAGCUCUUUUUCAAGCCAGUUAUCGGCAACACAAAUAUGUUACAUUUAUUAACAGAGAUGUUGUUUGUGCAUUGAGAUCCUAGUGUGAAAGCCUUACACUGUAUGUGAGAGUUGUAAUAUGGAAUUUUAUACAGUGAACCCAGUUUGAAAAGAGCAUGAAAUAAAUCCACCUUCUUCGACUUUAUGAAGUGAUGGUUUUAAAAACUGUGUGACUUCUGUGAAAACAUAAAAAAAAUCAACACCACUUGUGAGAAAAUGAUUGUAUUAUUCAAAGCGUCCUGAUGAAAGAGAGGUGAAAUGAAAAAAACGCAUACUUUGACUCCCUCAUGUGGCCAUAUGUGGCAAAAAACAAGCAAACUAUUACCUUGUUAUGUUUCACUUCAUUUACUUUAUUUUAUACAGUAUGACAUAAGGUCAAAGAUGGCCUGCACACAUGAGGUGAAGGUGAAAAGACCCAAGCCUAAUACCUUGGAAUAUGGGAAACCUUUUGAGAGAAUGUAA